CCAUGGAGGGCCAGGCCCAAAGCAGAGGCCUUGCAGAAAAGCCCCUCCCCACCGUGGCCGCCCCCACGUUGUCCUCCGUGGGAGCCGUCUUCAUUCUCCUGAAGUCCGCGCUGGGGGCCGGCCUGCUCAACUUCCCCUGGGCCUUCCACAAAGCGGGCGGAGUGGUCCCUGCCUUCCUGGUGGAGCUGGUCUCCCUGGUCUUCCUGGUGAGCGGCCUGGUCAUCCUGGGCUACGCGGCCUCCGUCAGCGGCCAGGCCACCUACCAGAGCGUGGUCAGGGGGCUGUGCGGCCCCGCCGUCGGGAAGCUGUGCGAGGUCUGCUUCCUCGUCAACUUAUUCAUGAUCUCCGUGGCCUUCCUCAGGGUGGUCGGGGACCAGCUGGAGAAGUUGUGUGACUCUCUCCUGCCUGGCGCCCCGCCAGCCCCGCGGCCCUGGUACGCUGACCAGCGCUUCACCCUGCCCCUGCUCUGCACGCUGCUCAUCCUGCCCCUGUCCGCCCCGCGGGAGAUCGCCUUCCAGAAACACACCAGCAUCCUGGGCACCUUGGCCGCCUGCUACCUGGCCCUGGUCGUCACUGUGCAGUACUACCUCCGGCCCCCGGGCCUGGUUCAAGAGCCCCGUCCCUCCCUGAGCCCUUCCUCCUGGACCUCUGCAUUUAGUGUCUUCCCCACCAUCUGCUUCGGAUUCCAGUGCCACGAGGCCGCCGUCUCCGUCUACUGCAGCACACGCCACCGCAGCCUGUCCCGCUGGGCGCUGGUCUCCGUGCUGUCCCUGCUGGCCUGCUGCCUCAUCUACUCUCUCACGGGGGCUUACGGCUUCCUGACCUUCGGGACAGAAGUUUCUGCCGACGUCUUGAUGUCCUAUCCAGGCGAUGACGUGGUCAUUGUCGUUGCCCGGGUUCUCUUUGCUGUCUCCGUUGUGACUGUCUACCCCAUCGUGCUCUUCCUGGGGAGGUCGGUGAUGCAGGACUUCUGGAGGAGGAGCUGCUGGGGAGCCUGGGGGCCCAGGGCGCUGGCCGACCCCUCAGGGCCGUGGGUCCGGAUGCUGCUGACCGUCCUGUGGGUCACCAUGACGCUCGCCACGGCCCUGUUUGUGCCCGACCUCGGCGAGAUCGUCAGCAUCACCGGUGGCCUCAGCUCCUUCUUCAUCUUCAUCUUCCCAGGUUUGUGCCUUAUCUGCGCAAUGGGUAUCGAGCCCGUAGGACCAAGAGCCAAGUGCUGGCUGGAGGCCUGGGGCGCGCUCUCCGUGCUGCUCGGCGCCUUCAUCUUCGGGCAGAGCACGGCGGCCGCGCUCCUGGAGCUGUUCUGACGGGCCACCUCGCCGGGCAGGGGGGCCCUCCGCGGCGGACCCCGGGCGGCUGUCGCGUCCAGCCACGAGACGGGGGCAAUUUCUUUUCAUCAUGAAGAUGCCGGAGAAAUGGACGCCUUGUGCCUUCUUGGGCUGCUCACUCGGGCCCUGCUCAAAGGGUUUGUGGUGCCGAUGUGAGCAAGGACAGUAGUGGGUCCUGCGGCCGCUGUAACAAGUCACCCCAAACGGGUGGCUUCACACAACAGAAACGUGUUGGCUCACAGUUCCGGAGGCCGGAAGUCUGCAGCGAUCAAGGCGUUGACAGGCUGUGGCCCCCUGAGACCUGCGGGGAGGGGGGAUCCCUUUCUGCCUGUCCCGGCCCCUGGUGGCUGCCGGAUACCCUCGGUGCCCUCGGCUUGUGGCUGUGUCCCUCCAAUCUCUGCUUUUGUCUUCAUGUGACGUCUCCCCGUGUGUGUCUGUGCCCAAAUUUCCCUCCUUUUAUAAGGAUGCGGCUGUGAAAUUAACCCCCUAAUUCAAUUCAAUCUCAUCCUA